CAUGCAAACUAAACGGACAUUCGAGCCCCAACAAGGGAACUGUCCUGUCGCAACUCUCCUGCUUCUCCUGCCUAGGAAACUAAACUGACUUUGCGGUGAAAAAAGGAAGCUUCUCUUCCAGCUUUGCUGCUUUCCUGUGUUUAGGGAAAGCCCAGUGGAAUAUAACCUAAACUUCGCCAUUACUCGGACCGUAAAGAAAGGCUGAUUCAACGGUAAGAUGAAACCUGAGCUGGAGGACCAGAAUGGCUGCCCACAUUAAACACCUGGAAUUAUACUUUCUUUGACAACAUCUCAUACAAUUGCCAAGUAAUUCUGGAAGGAACUCUCCUGAACUCCUACAGAACCUAGUUUUAUUUCUCUCAGUGGAUUAUAAGUAACAGAUUGCCAUCAUGCCUAUCCUCAAGCAGCUGGUGAACAACUCCAACCAGUCGAAGCGGCGGUCUCGGGCUGACCUGACCGCAGAGAUGAUCAGCGCUCCACUGGGGGACUUCCGCCACACCAUGCACGUUGGCAGGGGAGGGGAUGCCUUCGGGGACACUUCAUUUCUUAGCACUCGAUCAGGGGAACCGCCCCGGGAGCCGGAGACAAAGCAGAGCUCCCCGGGCCCCAAACCAGGGCUGCUGUCCCGCACCUUCAGAAGCAGCAAGCGCUCUCAGUCAGUAAACCGGGGGGACAAGUAUGACUACAAUACGAUGGCGCCUUCUGGUGGCUCAUCCACCUAUGUGAAAAACGCCAUAUCCCUGCCAUACCUAAACGAUGAGGACAUUAACAGAGGCAACCAACUGCCGAAGAGCGUGUCCUCGAGCCCGAUGAAGAGGCUGUCGGAGAUUGAAAGCAAGCCGGUAAAUGGAGCGGCAGCGAUGGCGACAUUGGAUGCAGAGUUCGAAGAGCGUAAUUUCGGAGAAAUUACAGAUUUGCCUCCAUCCAUGCCUAAGGGAGGUGGAAUGAAGCACGCAGAGUCUAUGAUGUCCUUUCACAUUGACUUGGGGCCCUCCAUGCUCGGGGAUAUCCUGAGCGUGAUGGAAAAGAAGGGCUGGGAGGAGGACGACCUCGGCUACGAAGAGGGCAAGGGUAGCGAGGGCCGUGCGUCACCCUCCCUCAUUCCCCACAUAGAUGAUGAUGAGGAGGAGGUGCAGGCCCCUGCAAGGCCCCCUCGCAGCAUGUACCAGCAAAAGCCCACGGUGGAUCCCUACACCCCGGAGCUGCACACCAGGAACAACCACCAUGAGCUGGACAGCUGCUCUGUCUCCAGCGCCGGCUCAGUCACCGAGGAGAAACCUCGGUACCACGUCCACGACGGCGACACGGACAGUGCAAAGUACAGUUCACCACGUGGGGAGGAAGACAAAGACUUCACCUUCAUGGAUGAUGACGAUGAUGAGAUUCGAGUGUAGACUAUACUGGUAUCAACGCCAUGAACAGUCGUGAAGGACACUAAUGAAGAAGACCAAGCUGGAAAAGGCAGGGGAAGGAUUAGAGGCAGGGCCACAUCUGCUUUAAACUUCUUGUAGAUCAAUCUAAUCUCUGCACACUUUGUUCAACAUCAUAAAUGAAACCAAUUAAGCCUUAUUCACUGUGCUGUAGCAAGGCAAUAUGAGCUGAGUACAUGCCAGAGUGUUUACAGACUGGCUCACAGACUGGCUUCGUUGAUCGUGCGAAAAUUUGCAACAUCAAACUCUGAACUCAUUAUUAUUGGGGAGUUUUCCAUUUUUAAAUAAGACUGGCUAAAAAUCUGCAAGCUCGUUUUAAAAAGUAAAGGUUGACUAGAGGGUUUGAGAACUGUACCCUCAGCUGUCAAUCACAUGAAUAUCACAUUUGGUGUGUGACGUGUGGAGAAGGAUAUGCAAGAUCACAAACCAGAGUUGGGUGUGUACUACGGAUUCUGAACAAGGAAGAGGGAAAGGACAAGAAGUGAAACUCCGAUAGCUUUGUAGCUAGCUUUGUGGGAGUGACCAUGGACCUUACUUUGCCAAUGACAGUAUCUUGGCAUAGACACUAAAUAGAUAAAGUAGUUAUUACUUUUGUCCACAUCAUACUUUAAGGGGUGAUUUCUGUUAUUUUCUACUUUAUUUUGGGAAGUUGGUCUACAGUAGCCUGUUGUAUUUAAGUUUGGUAGUUUAUCAUUUUGCCACUGUCUCUCUUUGGCAUGUUCUUAAUUCUUUAAAUCCACAGAAAGCUGUGGUAUUUAUUCAUUAGUUUUGAUAAGGGAUAGAUCGUACUUAAUGUACACUGCUAGGUCUUAAGUUUAGAUUUGGGGACUUUCUGAUAUGUUGGAUUUCUUAAAAUAAAAACGUCUUAAUGGUACUACAAAGUGAGCCGGCUUCUUACCAUUGAAGUUGGCUGCAUGGCACUUAAUUAUUGGACUAAAGCAGACUGCUGUUCCUGUCAUGGUAAGGCUGUAUUAGUAACAAUGACUUCAGUUUUAAACGGAAAUCACCCGCUGCUAGAAGUGAAUUUGCACACAAAAAAGUGAAUUGUCAAAAAAGAAGGCCUUUUGUAUGUGUUCUGUGCCCUGUACUUUUUCAGACAACAGGACCUAAGUGGUGAUUGUGGCUAAUUACGUGUAUUUCUAUUUUCUCAUUCUACAUCAUUACUGAGGUUGGUAUGAUUAGUAGGUCAGCAGAGAGGCAUAACAAGUUUUAAAGGGAGUUAAUUAAGUAGAAAAAUGCUUAUAUCAAAAUGAAUAGUUAUGGCUCUAUCCAAAACACAUGUCCUCUCUCUAGAAUGUGUUCAGGCUUGUCUCUAAGGGCAGAGAAAGGAUGUAAGAACAUGUACAAAGUGUUAUUAGAGCACAGCUACUUAAUAGAUUGGUGUCAGGUAUGUCUCUGGGCAGUGGCAGAUAUUUCCCGAACUGCCCCCACAAGUGAUACUAUUCACCUUCUCUACACAACCCAAAUCACACAGUAGUAACAGAUGAUUAGAUCAACCCAUCAUCUGGCCUUUCCCUGUCUACUCAUUAAAUUUGCUGGAUUAUUGGCCCCCAACCAGCUGGAACUGCUCCAGAAACAGCAGGGUAAGGAACAGACAGGUGUUUCUCUUUCUUGUGUUUUAGUUGGUUUUUACAAUGCAAGCUCACUCUGUAGGCUCCUCCAGGUUAGUUUCAGUUCUAAAUAAGGCAGAAAGAGGUGUACUCUCUUUUCUGGUAUGCAUGAUUAAUGUCUGACCUUUUUUUAUUGUUAUUUUGUGUUAGAAAAAUAAUUGCCAGGUUUGACAAAUGAGAGCUUUGAAUUUCCUGUUGUGGCGUUGAUGCAGGGGUGUCUACAUAGAACCAGGAUGCUGUGCCAUUCUGCCUCGGGUUAUUGUGAUGUUUUUGGAAACAUGUCUACGUGAACAGGUUGCAAGAAGUUCUGAAAUUGAAAAAGCGAUCCGGAGCAAAUUGCCAAGUAUGUUCUAACCAUUUUUAUUGGCUAACAUUAGCAGGGUGUUUGAUUUUGUUUCUUUUUUUUUUACUUAUGUUUAUGCAGUAUGAUUUGAGUCAGAGCUCUUUCAUAUUUUUUGUAAAUGGGCCACAUUUGAAGAUGUCUUUUUCUUCUAUUGAUCCAAUGUAAAACAUGUGGUUUGUAGAUUGUUUGGGCAGCUGCAAUCCUUCAUGUUCAUCACCAAGAAAUGGACACUUUGAAAAACAAAAACACUCCUUAUCUGCCGUUUUAAUCAAGUCAUGUAAAUAUAAUUUGUGCCAUCUGUAAUUACAGUAAACAGUCUUUGUUAUUAUCAGCAGUGUGACUAUGUGGUAGUGGCGUGAGAACCAGAAGAAUGUUAGUGGCUUUAACACUAAAUAGCACAUUGUAUUUGCAAGGAAAUUUGGAAGAGGUAAAUAGAGAAUCAUGGGAAAGUAUACUAAAUUACGCUGAAAUACUUUCUUGUAAUUGUCUUAACCUUCUGGCAUUUGUCGUGUUUCUCUGUAGGAAACUCCUAAGUAGGCCAGAAUAAGCCAUUUAAAAGGAAUUUGCAAAUACCUUUUGCCCCAGGUCUGCUUAAAAGUUUUUCGGUGCCCUGACAGCUGCGGUUUGCCGAGUGGCACUGCGAAAAACAACUGGCUCAAAGUUCUGUUGUUGAAUGUUUUUUUUUUUUUUUUCUAUUCAGUGGCUGUAGUGUUAUGCCAAGUAUGUACUUUUUUCCUUUCCUACUCCUUAUUCUGGUUUUACAGUAUAUUAAUAUAUUUACCUUCCUCACUUUCCUCUCUUUGAAAUAACAGCUAUAUUUUUCAAUAAAAGAGAAAGCUGGUAAUCUUUAA